UUUAACAGAUGUAAACAAACAUCCUCGUGUCACUAACACGACAUUUUAAUCACUUUAUUCUUUAUUUAAUCUAAAGAGUUCUUCACUGGAGAUUAAACAAAAGGAGAACAAUGAGUGGAGAGGGAUCCAGUAGAGGCUCGUGGAGAGGGGGUGGUAGAGGAUGGAGAGGAGGAGUAGGAGGAGGUGCUGGAGGAGGAUGGAGAGGAGGAGGAGGAUGGAGAAGUAGACCAUGGAGAGGAGGAUCAGGAGGAGGGUGGAGAGGAGGAGGAGCAGGGAGCAACACCCUCAGCGCUCAGAGAGCUCUUUGUCAGACCACUCUCGAUGCUCUGUGUCCAUACAGAGGCUGGACACUCUACUUCAUAGAAGGUUUCAUAGAGAGCUCCCCUAGUGUGGUGAAGAUCAAAGUGUUUGAGAAAUACUUUACUUCUAAGAUUCACCUGUAUGACAAGGAUGAGAUUGAGCGUCAGGGCAGUGUUCUGGUCGAUUACGCCGACUUGAUUGGAGACAGGACUGUGAGUGAAGCAAUUCCUGAUCUGACCACAGAGCUGAAGGAACAACCAGAGCUGAUCCUCAACUGUUUGGGGGUGGCCAUCCACCAGGUGUUGGCUGUAGAUCUGGAGAAACAGGCGGCUGAGCUGCAAGGGGAAGAACUUCCUGUUGCUACACCAAUCAUCAACAUCCCUCAUAUUAGUGCAAGGCUGUAUAACUACGAACCACUGACUCCGCUGCGGAUGUUGCGAGCCAGUGUGUUUGGACGUCUGGUGUGCGUGAAGGGAACAGUGGUCAGAGUGAGCAACAUCAGACCUCUCUGCACCAGGAUGGCGUUCAGGUGUCAGAGCUGUAUGCAAACCAUGUCCCUGCCACUGCAGCACGGGAAAUACGCUACACCCACCAAGUGUAUCCAGCCGGACUGUCGCAGUCGUUCCUUCAUCCCCAGCCGCAGUUCUCCUCUUACACACACUGUAGACUGGCAGAUCAUCAAGGUGCAGGAGUUGAUGAGCGGAGAGCAAAGAGAGACCGGACGAAUCCCACGUACUGUCGAGUGUCACCUGACCUCCGACCUCUGUGACAGCUGCGUCCCUGGAGACGCCAUCACUGUGGCUGGGAUCGUUCGAGUUACCAACGAUGUUAGUUCCCGGGGGAAUAAGGAUCAGUGUAUGUUCCUCCUCUACCUCGAAGCCACUUCAGUCAGUCAUACUAAAGGUCGUCAGUCCACGUCGGGUCAGGGAUCCAGAGGGUCGCUCGAGGAUCAUUCUGCAGGGGAAGAAUUCACCCUGAAGGAGCUGUACGCCAUCCAGGAGAUCCAGUCACAGCCUCACCUGCUGAGACUCAUCGUGCACUCUUUGUGUCCUGUCAUCUACGGCCAUCUCCUGGUGAAAGCUGCCCUGUCCUUGACGUUGUUCGGCGGCAGACAGAAACGCACAGACAAGAACAGUGUUCCAGUUCGAGGAGACCCACACAUCCUGAUGGUGGGAGACCCUGGACUAGGAAAGAGUCAGAUGUUACAGGCAGUGUGUAAUGUGGCUCCCAGGGGAAUUUACGUUUGUGGCAACAGUACCAGCACCACAGGCUUAACUGUGAGUUUAUCACGAGAUUCAGGAACAGGGGAUUGGGCUUUGGAGGCUGGAGCCUUGGUGCUGGCUGACCAAGGUCUGUGCUGCAUUGACGAGUUUGAUAAGUUGGGCCACCAGCAGCAUGCUCUCUUGGAAGCCAUGGAGCAGCAGUCUGUCAGUCUGGCGAAGGCUGGAAUAGUUUCCUCUCUUCCGGCCAGAACGUCAGUUGUAGCUGCAGCGAACCCAGUGGGAGGACAUUACAACAGAGGCAAGACUGUCUCUGAAAAUCUGAAAUUGAGCUCAGCUAUCCUCUCUCGCUUCGACGUUGUCUUCCUCCUGCUGGACAUCCCAGACGAGUCACAUGACCGGCGCCUGUCGGAGCACGUCAUGGCAAAUAGAGCCGGAAAAGGCCGAACCAGCAGUGCCACAGUCACCAGGGCCGACAGCGGGCCGAACACCUCCAUCCUCCUGGAGCACUCAGACAUGCCCCUGUCCGAACGUCUGCAGGUCCCUGCAGGUGAAACUGUGGACCCCAUUCCAGUCUGCUUGUUAAGGAAGUACAUCAGCUAUGCUCGUCAGUACGUCCGUCCGGUGAUCUCUCCUGAAGCAGCAAAAAUAAUCCAGGAGUUCUACCUGUCACUGAGAGCUCAGGCUCACACAUCUGACACCACGCCCAUCACCACACGGCAGCUGGAGUCUUUAAUCAGAUUAACUGAGGCUAGAGCCAGGUUGGAACUCAGAGAGACUGCUUCCCAGAGUGAUGCCGAGGAUGUGGUGGAGAUCAUGAAACACAGUAUGGCUGAUACAUAUUCCGACGGUCUGGGCAAUCUGGACUUUGAGCGAUCUCAACUCGGGUCGGGCAUGAGUCAGCGCAGCGUGGCAAAGCGACUGAUCAAUGCUCUGCACGCUCUCGCACAGAGAACCGGUCAGAAGCAGUUCGACAUGCAGAUGCUUCGAAGUGUGGCCGACAAACUGAACAUCAAGGUGCUGGACUUUGAAGGUCUGGUGAGUUCCCUGAAUGAACAAGGGUUCCUGCUGAAGAAAGGAGCCAAACUGUACCAGCUGCAGACAGUCUGAUCCCAGACCAGUAUCAUAUAUGUUGAUUCUGAGAUUUCACAGAAAGCUUUAAAGUGAAUAUGUGAAUGACAGAUUUUACUUGAGGAUUUUGGUUGAACUGCAUCAAAUAUUACAGUCUCAUUUAUUCCAAUAGACAGGUACACAGAGCUGGUUCUUAUUUUUGUAAUAUUUCCAAUGUGAGGUCAUUUUUAUGAGGGAAAUUCAGGUGAUUAUUUAAUUGUUGAGAGUUUAUACAUGUUGUUUUCCACACAGGUGACUUUUUGUAUACAGUUGUAAUAUACUAUUUAUAUGUCGCUGUUAUUUUUAUAUAUGACUAUAUUGUAUGUUGUUGUGUAUACUUGUGGUUUUCAGUAGCUUUCUAAAGAUCAAUAUCUUUUGGAACAGGUACUUCCAGUCCAGUAACUUAACCUGCCGGUUGUUUCUCAUUCAGCACAAACACUUGACAACGGCAGAAUAUGUUUUUCACUUGACUUCUCAGCAGCAGUUAUUUAAAACAGGAAGCUACAGGCAAUGUGAAAAUUACUUCUACUCAAACCUACUCAAAAGUGCAGAUAAACUGUAUUUACAUAUAUUUAAAGUAUUCUCCAGACAUUUUGAUUCUGUCUCAAGAAUCCAGUAUUUCUGCUGAUCUAAAAAGAUGCACAUGUACAAAACUUGCUUCACAGUUUCUCUGACUCUUUAUUUUCUGAUUUCUUUCUGUAUA